GUUGAAGAAAGGAUCUGGCUGAGAGACCCGCAACUUUUACUUGUUGAGAACCUUUAGCCAGCGCCGGCGUGCAUGUGUUUUAGUUUUAUUCUUUUUCCCUUGCCCCCAGAGCCGUGGAGUACCUGCUGUUGCUCUCAUGCCUCUUGCCAACAGUGGCAUCUGCUUAGUGUAGCCAUCAAGAAUUUGAAUGUCAAUAUCUUUGCCUUGAAAUGAAUGGAAAAGUAUUUGUCACUCAGCGGCAAUCAUUCUUCAAAUAAAAGGUCACUGGAAGGACUGAGCGCAUUCAGGAGCCUGGAGGAACUCAUCUUGGACAACAAUCAGCUGGGGGACGACCUCGUGUUGCCAGGGUUACCCAGACUGCAUACCUUAACCCUCAACAAGAACCGAAUCACUGAUUUGGAGUACCUGCUGGAUCACUUGGCAGAAGUGACACCAGCUCUGGAGUACCUCAGUCUGCUGGGCAACGUGGCCUGUCCCAACGAACUGGUCAGCUUGGAAAAGGAUGAGGAAGACUACAAGAGAUACAGAUGCUUUGUUCUGUACAAGCUGCCCAACUUGAAAUUUCUGGAUGCCCAGAAAGUAACCAGACAAGAACGAGAGGAGGCGUUGGUCAGAGGAGCCUUCAUGAAGGUGGUGAAGCCCAAGGCUUCCAGUGAGGACGUUGCCGGCUCUCCGGAGCUCCACUACACGCCCUUGCCUUCUGCUUCCAGGGAACUCACCAGUCACCAAGGUGUCCUGGGGAAGUGUCGCUACAUUUACUACGGAAAAAACUCGGAGGGCAACAGGUUUAUCCGGGAUGACCAGCUCUGAAACCAAGUUCUGUAUACCUUCACCCAUUUCAUGAAAAUAAAAUCAAAAGGGAAAUCAAAAAUAAAGACAACGCUAAAGAAAAAACAA